AUGUCUUCUGAGGUACUCCUCGAGGAGUUUGAGGUACUCGAAUCUAUCUACCCGGACGAGCUCUCAAAAUUAUCCGAAAGGGCGAUCCGCAUCGAUAUCGAACCAGACGAACAGGUAGAAGGGGAAGAGCCAUUAAAACUCGCACUCGAGGUGCAAUACUCGAAUGACUACCCGGAUGUCCUGCCAGAACUCUCACUGGAGAUUGUGGAGGGAUCAGUGGAUGAGGAGGAGAUACAACACCUUCUAAACGGCCUGCGAGCUGUGGGAUCAGAGAAUCUUGGCAUGGCGAUGACCUUUACUCUGGUCUCUCAACUGAGAGACCAACUGUUGUCUCUCGUGCAGUCCAGGGCGAAGCGAAGGAAAGAAGAGGAACAUGAGAAGGAGAGACAGGCCCUCGAGGUUGAGGAGGCUCGUACUCGAGGAACUCCGGUCACUGUUGAAAGCUUCAAUCAAUGGAAGGCCACAUUUGACAAGGAGAUGACAGUCAGGAAAGCCCGGGAUGACGAGGAAAAAUCGAAAGCUCUCACUGCGAAAGAGAGGGAGGAAUACAAGAGGCUUCAAACGCGUCUUACUGGCCGGCAACUAUUCGAGCGCAACAGAGAUCUCGACGUAUCUGACGACAAUCUGGUGGAAGAAGGGGCAGUGUCUGUGGACAUUAGCCAGUACGAUCGAACUUUGACGGAAGAGGAAGAAGAGGUGACGUUCAGCGACAGUGAAUGA